UCAAUGGAACUAUCAAUACCCAGGAGAGAACAAUUUAUAGAGCCAAGCGGAAUGCGGCAGAACAAGCAGACAUUGAGCAACGUUUGAAUACCAUGGAAACAAAACUUAAUGCAGAACUUUCUUCUUUUCUAGAGGAGGCGACUAGCCUACUGGAUAGGAUAGAGACGAUGGAAGUGGGCCCGUCGCACGAUCAGAGGAUGGAAUAUUUGACACUUCUCUCCGAUGCAACUGAUAAGCCUAAUUUUAAGGAGGUGCUGAAGCAGAAUGAACUGCAUCGUCAAACCCUCAUCAACUGCACAGGGGGCAUUCUCUCCUACACUGUCACACUGUGCAAUUCGGGCACAGGUGGCCAUGUUGAUCAGUAUGAAGAAAUGUUCUCUAAAGUGGUAGUCAUAUUUCUGAGUAUCAACUCUUUAUCAACCCUUGGUGGAGGUCAAAGUGGUCCAACAAUUAUAACAACUCCAACAGCCACAAUUCACGCCAACAGUUUCGACCCAGACAACAUGAGUAACUUGGAGUUCGGGUCAAAGAAUGAUGGGGUGUUCUUCAAAUUCCCCUCCUCCUCCUCACUAGGAUUUCUGGCGAAGUAUACCUCAGUCAAUGUUGAGAUGUACAGCUUCAAGGUGAACCCCCUGAUAGGUGACUCUGACGAGCCCAUCUCUGGAGAGGUGGCCAAGCUGGACCUCACUAGUAAGGAUGGCAAGAUUGCUGUUCAGGACCUGCCUGAGCCCUUUGAGAUCUAUCUGCCUCGCAAAGAUGCGUCCAAGCCUCCCACUCUACAAGUGGAGCUAGACAAUCUGAUGGCCAUCAUCACUUCCUUCAAUGUGUCGGACCCUGACACCACAGUGGUGAUCACUAUGAAGCCCAACAAGAAUGUGACCUUCCGAGUCCUCUUGGGCGAGGGCUCCCCACCUAAUGACACCAACUAUUGGAAAGAAACCUGGUUGACUUUUCAAGAUAACUACCGCUGGCUUGUGACUCCGGAGUUGCGGAGCGGGCUGAACGGGACGUGGUUUGUGAACGCCAGCCUAAACUCCACAUGGAGCGAAGGCCUCCAAGUGGAGGUCACCACCUUCCUCACCAAGUGCAUGUUCUGGAACUCCACCCAGGGGUCAUGGAGCACCUAUGGAUGCUGGGUAGGACCCAACACAGAGCCCGAGUUAACUCAGUGCCUCUGCAACCAUCUGACCUUCUUCGGGAGCUCCUUCUUCAUCGCGCCAACUUACGUAGACUUGUCUCGCAUAAGUGAAUACUUUGCCACCGUGUCAGAGAACUAUGUGGUCGUGGUGCUGCUCAGCUGUUUCUUUGGUCUGUACUUGAUUACUCUACUGUGGGCAUGCUACGCAGACCGGCAGGCCUCAAGAAAGAGGAAGAUGACGCUGCUGGAGGACAACCACCCCUGUGCCAACUAUAAUUACAUCCUGAACGUUCAGACGGGUCUCCGCAGCGGAGCUGGCACCUCUGCCAUGGUGUCUAUUGUUCUGCAAGGGGCAGACGGAGAGAGUGAUCCCCACCACCUGUCAGACCCUGACAAGCCAGUGUUUGAGCGCGGCGGGGUGGACAUGUUCCUGCUGUCCACGCCCUUCAGCCUGGGAGACCUCCAGAGCAUCCGGCUGUGGCACGACAACUCCGGAGGACACCCCAACUGGUAUCUGAACAAAGUCACUAUACAGGACCAGCAGACUCGUAAAGUCUGGCACUUUCUCUGUUCCUCGUGGCUGAGCUCCAACAAAGGAGAAGGACUCAUCAAAAGGACAUUCACCCCAGCCAAGAAAAACGAACUCACCAGCUUCAGCAACAUCUUUCAGACGCGCACCUCCUCUGGGUUCAGGGAUGAGCACAUCUGGGUGUCCAUCGUGGACCCUCCACGCCGCAGCCCCUUCACCCGAGCCCAGCGCGUCUCCUGCUGCAUGAGCCUGCUGCUCUGCUCCAUGGCCAUCAACAUCAUGUUCUGGAAGACUCCGGUGGACGAAGACUCACCCGUUAUCAUUCAGAUAGGUUCCCUGAAGAUCACCUGGGCGGAGGUGAUCAUCGGGGUGGAGAGCGGCCUGCUCAUGUUCCCCAUCAACAUCCUCAUCAUCACUAUUUUCCGCAGUAUCAGGCCCCGCCUCCUGCCGCGCAAGGCCCCGCACAGCGGCACCGAGUACCAGAAGGCCUCGGCUGUUACCAUGCCAACACUCCUCAAGGAAACCGAAGACGUGCUGAAUAUCCUCAUGAAAAGCCCCAAAAAUCAGCUUGCGCCAGUGGAAAGAAAGAUUCAGGUCUCCGCCGACCUCGCCGGAGCCUUGGAUAGCAUUCAUGCAGUAAUUCAUGUUAUGCAAGGAGAAACGGAGCCUGAUUCUCACUGGGUGCACUGCAGCCAUUUUGUGCUGUACUCGCUGGGGCACCUGUGGCAGUCCAUGGAGCAGGUGGGGGAGGGAGCCUUCUCCUGCAGAGAGGAGUUCCAAUGUGUCAGGAGCAUGGUGGACCUGCUCCAGAAGAAGACCGAGAUGGUGGCCAUGAGCCAUACCGUGCAGAGGCCAGUGGUCAUUGGGCAGAAGAAGAAGAAGAGCCAGUCUAGCUUCUGGCUGCCCUGGUGGUUUGUGUUUGUGGGCUGGUUCCUGCUCUUCUCCAUCAGCGGCAUCUCCACCUUCUUCACCCUGCUCUACGGCUUCGUCUACGGAAAGGAGAUGUCCAUCCAGUGGGUCAUCUCGCUGGGGCUGUCUCUCUUCCAGAGCAUCUUCGUCCUGCAGCCACUCAAGGUGGUAGCUGUGGCGAUCUUCUUCGCUCUGAUCCUGAAGCGAGUGUCUGUGGAGGAGAGUGAGGAAGUGGAGAUAUUGCUAAAAGAGCAAAAGAGAAGAUGUCAGCUGUACUCUGGGAAGGCAGUCUCCUGAUGUGGAUGAAAGGGAUGCUAGGGGGCUCACUUCACUCCAUGAUCCAAUAUGAAAUGACAAAUGCUACUUUGUGUGAAAAAAAGAGUUUAUGAAGAAAAUGGCAGUGGCACAUAGAAAUGUCUUUCUGAUGAUAGGCUUGUAUUGUAACGGAAUAAAGGCUCUGGUAUACAAUUAUAAUGGAAUAAAGGGUCUGGUAUACAAACCGGAUGCCAAAAAAGUUGGGACACUUGGUAUUUUGUCGGUAAACUCAAAAUGCAGUCAUUUUCAAAACAUUCAAUCUAUUCAUAAGAUGGAGCAUUGUGCAAAGAUAACAUCGGUUGUUCAAGCUUCUAAACAAAACAUGUGCUAAUUAAAAAUGUCAUCCUUACAACAAAUCCCCAAAAAUUUGGGACAGGGCCAAUAAAAUGUAUUUGGAAUUGGAGACUACAGGCAAGACAAAAAGAGAUAAAAGACAAUUAAGACUUAACAGUAAAUUACAUUGACUGAUGGCAUGAUUUUAUUCAAAAAAAGAUCAUGUCCCAGAAAAAGAUCAUGUCCUAGACAUGAUUUCAACAGCUCAACUGUGUUCAUCAUGUUUUCGUAUGUGCAUAUAGUGUAUGUGGCAUAUCCUGACGCUGGCGUUGCACGCUGGCAUAUCACCAGUUUACUCUUAUGAUGGAGCCACAUUGUUGGUUCAUAGCAGAUCCAUCAUAAUGUAUCAAUAUGUAAAGGCCAUCCUCCAAAAUAUCCUGCCUUGAUAGUUGUGUAUGCUGCUUAUUAUCUGUAUAUAUCAUUCAGCAUUCACUUUAACGCUCCACAUGAAUUAGAAGACCAUAACCAAGGCACUACUGAACUGCACCCCCAUACCAUCAUAUACACUGUCUUUCAGACUGAUCACUGAAUGAAGUUGAAUGAUUCGUCUUCUAAGUAGUCUGGAGGGAACAUGACUCAACGAUUUAAAAAAAGGAUGAAAUAUUUUUCACUCUGUAAUGUUAUGCAAUGCAUGGAUGAAUGUUUUAAAAAUGGCAGUAUUUUGUUUAUAUUCACAAAAUGCCAACUUUUGUAAUCCAGUUUGUAAUAAUUAUGAUAUAAUAGUGUACAGUGAUAUGAAUAAUGAAUAUAUACAUUUAAUUGUUCUGAUUUCUUUUUUUUUAGACCGUUGUAGGUGAAGAUUAUUGCUGGAUUAUUACUGGAUUAUUGUCAAAGUAACAUUCUUUCGAAGACCAAACUAAAAUCAAUGUGUAAAAUUGUGAUAAAUAGUAAGUAGUAGCAUUUCCUUCAACAAAGUGGGACUAGAGGUUUGAAUAGGUCUAUAUUCCCAGAAUUGAACAAAAACAUACACUGUGUACACUGGCUGGUGGUGAUGAUGAUUGCUGUGCCAUGAUUAGGAAAAAUAAACUACCCACAACCCUGCAUA